AGUCAGCGGGCAAGCGCCACGCAGAGCGGACGUCCCGGUAGUUCGCGCACAACUGGCUCAUUUAUACGUACACACGAUAACAACUGUCAUCAUCCGCGAGGCCACAGGUGUUCGGCGACCAGUUAUGUCGUAGCGGCGCCCCUCGGCGUCCAGGGAUGACGUGAAUAAUUUAAAAAAAACAAACAAAGGAAGUAAAGGACGUGAGGUGUCGUCGCUCCAUCUUUCCGCGCGAGGGGUAGUAGAAGCGGAGUGCUCUGGUCUCGCUCUGGUGUGUUCGUCUCGCUGCACCCGGGGGACCGUCGAGCCAAGGAUGGCCUGUACCCUUCGCUUCUUCUUGCUCCUGAUUGCCCUGGCCGCAAGGUCGCGGGGGCUGCGGCUGCUGGAGAUGCGGGUGCCCCGGCACGGCGACCUGCGCGAGUCGGCGGUGCUGGGCUGCAACUUCGACCUGGAGGGCGCGCGCCUCUACUCCGUCAAGUGGUACAAGGACGACUUCGAGUUCUUCCGCUACAUGCCGGACGGCGCGCCGCACGCGCAGGCGCUGCCCGUGCCCGCCGUCACCGUCGACCUGGGGGCGUCCAACAUGACCUCCAUCACGCUGACCCAGCUUCAGUUCCGCAGCUCCGGGGUGUACCGCUGCGAGGUGUCGACUGAGGCGCCCAACUUCGAGACUGUGGUGGGCAGCGGCAACAUGAGCGUCAUAGCGCUGCCACACGACGGGCCCGUCAUCGAGGGGGUGUCGCCGACGUACGUGGUCGGCAGCUACGUGAGCGCCAACUGCAGCUCGUACCGCUCCUACCCGCCGGCCGCCAUCGCGUGGUACAUCAACGGCAUCAAGGUGGAGCCCAUGUUCGUGGAGGACCACUCGCGGCAGCAGGGCCCCGACCAGGAGGGCCUGUACACGCGCUCCGCGGCGCUUAGGUUCAAGCUGGAGGAGCGCCACUUCAGGCAGCCGGGCGCCGCCGUCGAGCUGCGCUGCUCCUCCACGGUGGCCGGCCAGUCGUGGGACCGCGCCGUGCGGCCGGCGCUCGCCGACCCCAGCAACCAGAAGCUGGCGCAGGAGCGGCUCGCCAAUAGCCGCGCUGCUGCGGCGGCCUUCAAGAGCUCUCUCAGCGGCGUGUUGGUGUUGGUGUUGGUGUUGGUGUUGGUGUUGCUGUCUGACGGCUACAGGUCUUGACAUUACUGGAACUAAGGGAGUGAAGAGUUUCUGUGGGAAAAGCAAUUGACAAUUUUUUUUCCUAAACAUAUCCAAACAUCUCCGUUCUUGUUAAUACAUAUUUUAUGAGGCAUGUGUGAAAUAAAAAAAAAUAAAUAAAAGUUUUAUUGUUCGUAAACAACGCACUUAAUGAUAGCACAGUGGAUUCGCUGUUGAAAGUUUUCCUGUACAGUGUUUUGUACGAGCAGAGAAUGUUGAAAAUGUCUGUAACUGUAAAGAAAAAAAAAUGUGUUAGUUAUAAGUGUAUAGUCGUCAAUAAUUCAACUCUAUUGGAGAACGUAACGUGAAUGUUGUUGUUACCAUUUGAACCCGUGGUACGGUUUCAUUUGUCCUGAAGGUCGUGUGUACAGCCACCACAUUAUUAGAGACAUAUUUUAAGAAAUAAACGUUAGUAA